GGUCUAGUUACAAGUUAUGCUGCAGCCCAGCUUGGUGCUCAAUACUGCACCCACACUUGUUCUGUCCUAAUCAUGCACAAUUUUGCUCGCAUCAUCAGAUGGGACAGGGAAGGAGCCAUUGUUACUUGCGCUUUCAAUUAUAACAAGUCUUCUCACUUAGUCAACUUU